AUGGAUACAGUAGGCCUAAAGUUGGCGAAACACAAGACCGAGCCCGUGUUGAUCACAAGCAGGAAGAAGAUCGAGACAAUGACACUGCAAGUCGGAAAUUACGAACUUACUUCCCAGCCGUUCAUUCGGUAUUUGGGGGUAAUGAUCGAUGCCCGACUCAACUUUAAACAACAAGCAGUGAACGUGGGUAUAAAGGCAUCUGGGAUCAGAGCGUCCGAGUCGCGCCUCAUGCCCAACGUAGGAGGCCCUAAGCAGAGGAUACGAGCGCUACUAUCGUCGGUGGUCACGUCGGUGCUCAUAUAUGGUAUUGCCAUCUGGGCUGAUGCUCUGCAGAUGCAGGAAUUACGGCGGAAUGGGGCACUAGUCUUCCGACUGAGCGCCCUCAGAGUUGCCAGCGCAUACCACACUGUGCCCGAGGAUGUAAUGUGUGUCAUCGUCGGGAUGUUGUCCAUUGAAGUACUAGCCGAGGAACGAAGAUCCCUGUACCGGCGGAAGCGAUCUGAAGUACUGAGUCCCGAAGCACUGGCGGUAGAAGAAAGGCGAAGCAGCCUGAAACGAUGGCAGCUGUAG